CUUGGAGCCAGAUCCACGGAUGCAACUUCCCCGGUUGCCCGGCUCUAUUCUCCCGCCGUGCAGUCCUGUUGUCCUUGUUGAUCCUUUUCGCUUCUCUUUAUCUUUUGACUCUUCGUACUCCCUUGUCCUCGAAUCACCGUCCCUUUAGUCUUUAGUGUAAGAUAAAUCUCAACAGAUAGUUUCAGAAUGCGCGCUACAAUAUUGGCUGUAGCUGGCCUUGCCAGUAAAGUCCUCGGUCAUGGUGAUCACAGCGGAUCGCAAAAGCCAAUGAUCGACGAGAAUGCCAAUUGGAUAACCAAACAUAUGGCUGAGGAGCACCAUAUCAGCGACUUCGACGCCUCAUCCUUCUUCGUCCUACACGACUACGAUGCCGACGGCCAGUGGGAAGCCGAUGAGAUCUUGCGCACGUACGGGUUGAUGGACGAAUCGAAUAAGGCCGUGCCACAGUCACGCCGUGACGAGAUUCAGCGCGAACUACUACAUCUACUAGAUGCCAAUCGAGAUGGGCUCGUGACGCGCGAGGAGUUUGUCGCUUUCAUCAAUUCGGGAAAGACUCUUCCAGACGUGGGAACGGGACCCGGACACCACGGCGACGAUGAGUACGAGUACGAGAUACACCACUGGGAAAAGUAUCACGACGAGAACACCAAACUCGAAGACCUAACGCACCCUGAAGACAUCGAGCAUUUUAAGAAGCACGAGAUGCUAGAGGACGAAGAGGAAAGGCUCGAGAAGCUAAACAAGAUGGCCAUCGUAGAAGAUAAUAUCCCGAGCAAGUUUAGAAGAAGCAACUAAAAAACUUGAUUGAUACUUGAUACCCAUUAGAUUCUAAACUAAAUACCUAAUUGGCGAGAAGGGGCGUACUAGUAAUUGCAUAUUGGCGGGCUGCGUUAGGAAAUAUACACGAUUUACGACCUGGCGCGUGUUGGAAUGGGUUUAUAUAUAAUACGCUCAUGUUAUACUACUA